CUGAUGCUUACAUCAAAUGUAAACAAUGCCAGUGAUGCGACGUGUAGAAACAAGAGUGAUUGUGAAAGAACGGGCGUUUAAUGUUUUAUGUAAAUAGCUUAUAGAUGUGGUGAUAACGAUUCGAAAUGCAAUGUAUCUUGUUCUGUUGCUCGUGAUAAAUGUGUUGUAAUCAACAAUUAACUCCGAAAAUUUAUGAGUGUGAUAUAUUAAGAAAGAAACUUCAAGAAUGUCUGUCAGUGGUUCGGAGCUUAAAAGUACAUUGAGGAAAACAGAAUUUCCUUUUUGCGCAAGAGAAGCUCUUUCUCGGGUUGAACAGUUAACACAGAAUACCGGUCGCCCGCCAAGUAUCAAGCACUUAGAUCUAGCAAUGGAUUUGAUGGCUGAAUUCAUCUUCUGCGAAGUAGAAAGACGUGGAGGGAAAAGAAAGAAGCUGACCUGUAUCCAAGAACUACAGCUGUUGGAAGUAUUGUGUGAUUAUUUCUCAUUUCGAGGAGUCAACAAUGAUUCAACAUGUAACACUGUUUUCAUGUCCUUAUUCCCUCCGACAAAUAUGGAGAGAUGUCGAUUUCUGGCCAAACUUGUGUCCAUGGCAAUUUCAACAAAAAAUACUCCUGUACUAAGUGCAACAGGCAUAUGGAUGCAGCAACUUGGAUGCACUUCUAAAGUCAGUAUGGAGCUCGUGCGGGGACUGGUGAAAGAUUAUUUUGUGCUGGUUCCAAAAGCAGUAAGUGUGCUACAAGAUUUGCCCCAGCUGGCACCACACUUUACAGCCAAUUUUCUGACAGCUGUAGCAGAUAUGUAUGGCUCCGAAGAUAAGAAGAAUGUUACAAAUCCUCCGCCAAAUGCUCUUUUGGAAAUUAUUACGCGGUGGAUUGCUGAAAAUCCUACUCUGUGUGCAGCUGCUUUAAAUGCGGCACCAAUGGUUGUUACUUCAGUUGGGGCUCAUUCAACACCUGUAACACCGUUUGCUGGUCUUUUCAAGUGGUGUAUUUUGGCUCCAGUCCUAGGGUGGGAGGAAGACAGUACUCAUCAAUAUUGGCGGCUACAGUUGGCUCUCCUGGAAAGUACAUUGGAGCAGCCUUGUGAGGGUGCAGUGUCAGCAAGACAUUUGGGCCAAAUGCUGAUAACACCACUGCUUUCUGCUUCAUGCCACAGUAGGAACAGGAAAUGUCAACAACUAGCUCUUGAUAGGUUAGCGCAGGCAAUCCAGGUCCUAAUGGCACAAAAUGCAAUUGUGGGAAACACACAAGAACUUCUCUCACAACUUGAAUUAUUGCCAGAAAAUAGGCUCCUUAGUCUUGUCAUCAAGAAACAUAAAGUGAUAACAAUAGUGUAAACCAGCUAAGAUGAACAAACUGAGCAUUUGAUUGACUGGUGUGUCAUAACAGCAAAAUAGUGUGCAAAAAUAAUAGCAAGUGGCUGUACAGGAAUCAUUAGAAUACAGUUCAUUGCCAUUGUGGAAGUCUUACCAAAGUUCCUCUCUUGCAUUAUAUUUUCCAUAUUUUGCUGUUUUACUGAAGUAACUGCAGAGUCUUAUAUCGUGUUGUCAUUGUCAAUUUUGUUUUGAGUCAUAAGCUCAAAAUUUG